AGGUUUUGCGCUACAUUUUCAUUACAUGCUUGGGGUUUACACGCGCAGAGCAACUGGUGACCUACAAACCAUAGACCCUUAGCUCUACUCUCAACUUUUUCAGCGUCAGUUCAGCGUCAAGUCCGGGUGCCUUCCUGCAUACUAGAGAGAAACAUGUCAAGCAGCCACGCCAGUACGAGCGAAAGAAAGGAAGAAGCAUGGGACUUCCUAAAAGGAAGCGGACCCUCGAGCGCUCUUUACUACUAUGCGCCCCUAUCUAAGGAAGGAGUUUUCAAGCCAGGUUGGAACACAAAACGACCCCAAGCGUCCAUUCGCCAAGAUGCCGACCGGAAGAGUUACGAGGCUUUCAAGGAACAACGCAGCCUAACACAUGGCGAAAUCCGCAAGGAAAGGAUAAUACAAUGCGAUGGCAAGAACCGCUUCAACCCCAUAUCCCACCAGUCCAUAGGUCCGGAUGGGUCCUUGGCUCCCGCCACCGACGCAUGGCAACAUCAGCGAGUUGGCAUCCCCGCGCAGGAGCCUCGCUUCGCUGCCGCUGACACUCUGCGAGUACAGGCGGACACGGUGCGCCGCAACGUUGGCAUCACCGAACUCCGGAAAGACCGCAUUGCGAAUGGAGGCCUUUCAAAGCACCCCGGCGGAACCAUGAAGGAGGUGCUGACCUGGGCUGGGCAGUAGCGCUAGCGCCGGCAGUAGCAGUGGUAGUAGCAAUUGCAGGAUUUACCUUGGGUGGGGUGCGCUGGUGGGAAGAAGGCAGGCUGAAGUUGUAUGAAAAAAGCUACGAAACCAUGGUGUAUGUGGUGCUAUAGCAGCAGCAGGACAAGCAAUGUUAGUGUUGUAGCAGGUCUGGAUUGCCACAGCUUACCACCAUGGCGACAGCAGGCAACGCUCUGCCUGCCGGGGGCGGCAUGGAAUACCCUUACACGGCUAUCGCUAAAAGAGCUGUUAUCGUGUUGACUAUUGGCAGUUGACGCAAAAUACACUGUACGGUGCUGACUUCCCUAGUUUUUUGUUUCAGCUAACGGAAAUGCUCUCAUCGCUGUGUAGAACAACACGUUUGGGCUGGCUGGAAGACCUUGCCAUGCCUUGCAAAAUUGUACAUUUGUUAAUUUAUCUAUGUAUGUGUGUAGGUUGCGUGGGUAAGGACGGCGGGUAAAAAACACUGUCUUAGUGCUGAUGAAAUCGCUGGUUUGAGAUUUUCGAUAUGCUUUGAACAGAAUGUUUGGAGCGACAAAAUAAGACAGGGCCAAGCGAACAGAGCGCGGUACUGGAGGGUACGGGUCCGUUGCCUUUAGCUCGGCACGGCCGGUCUCGAGCGCCAGCAGGAGGGUGGGGAGGAGCGCCCC